AUGACCGUCCAAACACUACGAGAGGUCUCCGCACACAACCUGCGCACCUUCAAACGCAACUAUGUCUCUGAAAUCUCCGGAUCACUGGGCGACUUGGGCACCUUUCUCCCCAUCGCCAUUGCCCUAGCCGUAAAUGGCACCGUCUCACUAGCCAGCACGUUGAUUUUCUCGGGAGUCUACAACAUCCUCACGGGUCUAUUCUUCGGUAUCCCGCUCCCCGUACAACCCAUGAAAGCCAUCGCCGCGGUCGCGAUCGCCCGCAACUUCUCCAAUGGUUCCAUCGCUGCGGCGGGUAUCUUUGUCGGUACCUGCAUUCUUAUUUUCAGUGUAACGGGCUUGCUACGCUGGUUCGCCAAUGUGAUCCCUAUCCCGGUGAUCAAGGGAAUUCAAGUUGGCGCGGGCUUGUCCUUGAUUAUCUCCGCUUGUACCAGCAUGCUCCACCCAUUGGGUUGGAUCGGUCCAUCGUGGGCGGAUAAUCGGAUCUGGGCUAUCAUUGCGUUCCUCGCUUUGAUUGUUACCAGUAUCUAUCGCAAGAUUCCGUAUGCGCUGGUGUUAUUCGUCAUUGGGUUGGUCUUUGCGAUUAUUCGCACCGCGCUGGUGGCUCAUCUCCCUGGUUUCAGUAUCUGGCAUCCCUGGCUGGUCGUGCCGACUCCCCAUCAGUGGUGGGUUGGUGCCGUAGAUGCGGGGAUUGGCCAGAUUCCCCUCACGACGCUCAACUCGAUCGUGGCUGUCGUUCACUUGGCGAAUGAUCUACUGCCCAACGUUCAGACUCCUUCUAUUACUCAUAUCGGUCUCAGUGUGGCUGGGAUGAAUAUUCUUGGAUGCUGGUUCGGUGCGAUGCCCGUCUGUCAUGGAUCGGGCGGUCUGGCAGCACAGUAUCGUUUCGGCGCUCGCUCGGGCGCGAGUGUGGUGUUCCUGGGAGUCCUCAAACUCAUCAUCGGUCUGCUGUUUGGAGAGACCCUGGUUGAUCUUCUCAAGCGUUUCCCGGCUGCGUUCCUCGGCGUUAUGGUCAUUGCAGCUGGACUGGAGCUCGUGAGUGUUGGCGAGAGCCUCAACACAUCUGGCGCUCGAGACCUCAGUCACGCUUCUGGCGUGAUAGGUACUGCGGAACAGCAUCUGGGCCCCAUUUGCACCGACGAGGAGAGAAAGCGUCGCUGGACAGUUAUGAUGGUGACUGUUGGUCUGUUGGUCGGAUUUAAGAAUGAUGCCAUUGGCUUUAUCGCUGGCAUGCUGUGCAAUUGGGCUUACGAUAUUCCCAAGUGGUGGGAAAAGGCGCGUAACCGUUGGUCACAGGGACGUCUUCGUCUACGAUAG